CCGCGCGUUUUCCGUUUUCCCGGAUCCGUUCCUCGAGGCCGCUCCCGAAAUGGACUGUCCGUUGUGGAAUGCCGUCGCGUGAUCGCCGGGGACGUGCGAGGCGUACGUCUCUCGAGCACGUUGCACGACGUGACACUUGUUUGCAUCUCGCCGUCGUGUCUUGCGAUUCCUGCCACGAACGCGACUCUUGAUUAACUGUAAUUGAGGGAAAAAAUAGGAGGAGGAGGAAGAUCUUAUGAUGCAUCAUUUCUGAAAAAUAUAGAGACAAUCAAUAAUGAUUGAAGACAGACUACAAUUAUUAUAAUAUAAUUUUCUUUACAUCAAGACUAAGAUCUGCCUUUUCCUCCAUUAUGCUGGUUACAAUAGUAUUCACUUCAAUUGGAAGUCGCUCAAUCUCAGUAGAUAGCAUAUCCAUCAAUCGUGAACAAAUCCCUGAUAUAUUUUUUGCAAAAGUAUGAAAAUGAAAUGGUGAUAGAUUAGCGUGAUGUGCCUUUAUCUUUGGUGUUUCAAUUUUACUAUGACAGGAACAUCUUGACAUAUUUUGAAGGAAAAAAAGUGUAUGUGAUAAAUAUAAAUUCUUAACGGCGCAGUUAUAAAUAACAAGAGAUGGACAGUUCUGAGUAUGAAAUGGUCAGAAACAUGACUCUCCUCUUUUUCUUUGAACGACUGAUGGAUAAGGGUGGUCCACGUACAUUGCAUGAUCUGAGUUGUCAGUUUGGAGCUAAGGGAUUCACGAAAGAAAUGCGUCAAAUAGCAGGAGGAUCGCAAAGUGGCCUUAAGAAAUUUUUAGCGCAGUAUCCGGCGCUCUUCCUGAUCGAUGGCGAGUAUGUGUCUGUCAAUACAUUUCAACCAGUUGUGGAAGAGGAAAGCGGGAAUAAAUCGGGUAAACGGGAUUAUGCCCGCGAGGCCGUGGAAUACUUCACGAACAAGUUAUUACAGUAUGGAGUAGGCACUGAGGUGCCUAUCAAGAGCCUCCUGGGCCAUCGAUCGCAGGCAUCGCCGGAAGUCAGGCAUAUAUCUGGUCAACACUAUAAGGAAUUCCGUGAUUUUCUCCUCAAGUACCCCGAUGCUUUUGUAGUCAGUGAAGAUAACGUAAUAUUGAAGCAAUACGAGGGCAUGAAACCGGAGCCCUUUCACGAAUUGGAGCCGGAUAUUCCGAUAGAUCCAGAUGUUACAGCGAAAUUGUUAGACUUUUUCUGCAUAUGUAUUGAACAGAAGGGUCCAAUUCUUAUAGAUCAACUAUUCAAUAUGGUCAACGAGAAGUUUACUCACGAAAGUUGGACAAGUAUAUUUAAGACGCAGCAGGAUCUGUCUACUUUUAUAAAAAUGUUUCCAGACGCUUUUCAUGUGCAAACCAAUCUAGUGACGUUGAUAGGCCGACCGAAGUCUUCCGUGAUGGAACCCGCAGUUACAAAAGCGAAGACUACGAGCAGCAAUCAGCGCAAUCAAAGCAACAACGUAGCUCACACAAAUAACGUGACGCCGAUUGUCCCACCAAGCAAGAUUCAACUCACCCAGUCACCCUCAAAUCGGUCGGAAAGCGUCUGCAACAAUGCCACGUCUCAACCUAAUUCGCUGCAGAGUGCAUAUUCGUCGCCUAUCGUUGAAAGCAAUAAUAAUUCACCGCCCGUGAGUUUGCAGCAGCAAUCUCUCAAGCAGAGAUUCAAUACAAUUGUUAUGAGAACUCUGGCGGAUAACACGGAACGAGAUCGCAGUCUGCAAACCGCCCAGAUGGGCGAUGCGUGGAAAUUGAAAGUGCUACAGCAGACGAGGGUGAUAGCAACUUCGCGGGAGAGUCUUCAAGUUAUAGAGGAUAUAAUAAACCCUCGGAAGCCUCCUCCCGACGGCAAGAUAGUCGUCUCCUUCGAUUGCGAGGGCAUUAAUCUUGGUGUCAAGGGACAGUUGACUCUCGUACAAAUCGGCACGAUGAGUGGUCAAUCAUAUGUGUUUGAUUUGGUCACAUGUCCGAGCCUCGUUCAAGCUGGAGGUCUUCAGAAGCUAUUGGAACAUCCUAAUGUUAUUAAGGUGAUUCAUGAUUGUAGAAACGAUAGUGUCAAUCUAUACAAUCAGUUCAAGAUUACGUUAACCAACGUUUUUGAUACACAGGCUGCACAUGCAGUGCUUCAGUUUCAAGAAACGGGAAAGCCUGUGUACAAAGUUAAAAAUGUUAAUCUAAACACCUUGUGCGAUCAUUACGGUGCUCCGUGUAAUCCGCUGAAAGAGCAAUUGAAAAAUAUUUAUCGUAAGGAUCAACGUUAUUGGUCUCGGCGACCCAUGACUCGUGACAUGCUGAUUUAUGCUAGCAGCGAUGUUUUAAGCCUUGUACCUCAAGUUUAUAAUGCCAUGUCUAGACUUAUAAAGCCAGAAGUACAAGGUCUUUUUGAAGAGUUGUGCGAAGAACAAAUUCAAAUGCACAUAAGACCGGCAGAUGUAAAAGCACGUAAGAAGCAACGAAAGGUCGAGACCGAAGUGGCAGAUCUGAAAAAGAGAAUGGAAGAAGCAACGAGUAAAAAUAUCGUAUUGAGUAAUCGUGAGAUUCGACUUCUACGUUAUUUGGAUCUUACCGAAGACGAAAAAGAAAAGCUCAAAGGAAGUUAUAAAGUUGCUAGAAAAUUGGAGAAGUUAGAGAACAUGGGCCAAGAUAAGGCCGACACUAGCGAUGAUGACGACGAGGAUAAAACGGAUGAUCACGAAUAUCAAAGCUUGGAGAGCUAUACAUCGGAAAAUUCUCACUCCGGUGGCAUAUUGUCACCACGAAACGCCGAUACUCCAAGCUUAACCGAAUCGAUGCAAAUGAUGGACGAAAUACUCUCGGACGGUCGGAUGGAUAAAUUCGAAAAGAUUGAGAAACUGGAAGCCAUAUUAUCAGCAGUUACUAGUUCCGCGACUGAUCAGCUUUCCGCCAACAAUGCGGACGCAUCGCUGAUGAAAUGCGUUUGCACGUGUCAGGACGAUAAGGCCGACAGUCCACGGAUGGAUCGCCAGGCUGUAGGAACUAGCGUGGCUUGCCAAACGCUUAGUACAGGUGAUAUAGUAUUUACUAGAGUCUUUGUCAGCGAGGAAGAAAAAGAGAGAGUAAGAUUAUUGAAUUCGCCAAAAAAGUAGAUAUUACAGCUGCUGUGAAAGUAGUAGAAAAAAGUUGCCAUUUAUAGGUUUUUUUAUAAAACGGAACGAUCGCAUAAAAGAAUUAAGUAGUUGAAAUUUAUCUAUUUUAUGUAAUAUGUAUAUAAAAUGAGAUUCAGAGAGCAGAACCGGCGAAGCUCACAGAAUGUUUUCUCUGGUGUCUUUCUGCUCCUUUAAAAAAAAAGUGUCUUAAAUGGAUAGGCCUUGUUAUACAUGCCUUUCCAGAUCUGACGAUAUGUUGAUCAGAUUUUUGGGAAAAGGUUAUUUAAUUUUAUACGAGGAUAUCGUACGUUUAUUAUCUGCUGGAAGAUUAUCUUUCUUUUACGAGCGUUCAAGAAAGACCGAAUCAUGUAAAAGUAAUAGUAACAAAAUAUAAUCGCGGACAAGAUUUUGACAGCCGCAAAUUUUGUGAUUUUUGAACAUACUACAACUUGCGGCGUUUUAUGUUUGCCUCGGAAUCUGCUACAAAAAAUCCUUUAAAUAUUUCUUUAGGCAAAAAGAAAUAUAUAUAUACAUAUGUACAAAUAUUAACAAAAAAAAUUGUAAUAUUUAUAAGGAUAAUGAUUGCUGACGCUUUUAAUAGCGUUACAAAAUUAACGGAAUGCAUAUCUUAUGCUUGUGUAAUAUUUUUUAUGUGAAGUACUGCAUUAAAAUCGCUAAUUUUUGAGUCUUGUAUGGCC